CUGCGGGCUUCGUGCAACGCCUGCAACGAGUCCAAGGUGCGCUGCAGCCAAACGAAACCGACCUGCGACAGGUGCAAGAAGACGGGUAUGCCGUGUGUCUUUGGCCUGUCGCGCCGAAGCCACAAGGACGCGCCUCGGAUCAUGUCUUCUUCCCGCCCCGCGGCCUCAUCUGGCAUCGGCGCGAUCGCGCCAAGACGCCCGAGCAACGAAUCGGCCGCCCAGAUGGACGACAGCGUCUUCUCCACCGUGACAGCCUUGUGUGCUUUCCACGACUUCAACGUGUUCUCACAGUACCCCGCCGCCGCCGCCCUGGCGCCAAACUGCGGCCAGAUCCCGCGGUCGGCAGACUUGUUGGCAGGCUUCCGGGACCGUCACGGUGACUUGGACGGGGUCGCGCUGUGGCCGUUCGAUCAGUCAGACCCCAUGGACUUCCUCUCGACCAGCGGCGGCGGCCUUGAGCCUCCAGUCCAUUCGGCUUCUCUCGACGCCGGGACCUGGGGCAGUGUACAUGAGGUGGUCAGCCCUCAUCCUCUAUCGCCGCAGCCGCUGGUGCCCCAAGUACAUUCUCCUUCACAGUCACGCUCGAAUCAGCAACCGCAACAGCAGCAACAAGAACAGCAUCAGCAGCAGCAGUACGAACAGACACAUCCGCAGCCUUACGACCAACAUGACCACACCCACGCACAAGACCCUGCCUCGAGCCCAGGGGGUGGCGCCUGCACCUGCAGCUCGCGCGUUAUCCCAGACCUCGCCCGCAAAUCGCAGGCGGCACGUAACCAAGGCGCAGGCAAGCCUCUGUCUUUCGACGUGGAACUUUCGCGGCUCAAGCAGGCCAUCAUGGCGUGCGAGGCAUCCAUGGUCUGCCAGUCACACUCCUCGGACCCCACCGUCACCAUGAUCAUCGGCUUCCUCAUCGGGGAUAUUGUGGACGGCUUCAAGGCACUGCUAAGCGGAUCGUCGCCGGCGACCAACACGUCGCCGUCGUCUUCCUCGUCUUACUCGGUCGCCACGACCGACAGCGGAAGCAAUCCGGGGCGGCCAAUCACCACCAACAACAGCAAUAUCAACAAGAAAAAUAGCGCGAGCUCACCGGCGUCUUCGACGCGGGGGGUCACUCUGAGCGAAGGAGUAACGGUGGUCAGCCCAGGGACAGGAACAGGCAUGACGGGCGCGCCACGACUCAGGUGGGGCGUGCUUCAGCUCGAGGACGACGACGAGGUGGAGCUGCGGCACAGUCUGUGUCUUCUGUACUUCCGCCGGCUUCGCGGCCUGCUUAAGCACUUCGACCAGGCCGUCCGCCAGUUCCGGGAAGCGGAGGGCGCGGCGGGGUCCAGCACGGCUACGUUCAUCAUGGCGUGCGAUUACGUGCGCAUGUGGCUGGAACAGAAGGUGGAGGCGGUAAAAGAUCUUUUCAAUGAUACAGAUAGAGAGGCGCCAAUCUAA